GUUUGUGUCUUUUGGUUGGUUUUUGAGCUAAAAUUGAUGAUUUUGGACUUUUUAUGAAUUUUUGUGAAGUGGGGUUCUGUUACUUGGUAAAAUAAGUAUAUAAUCAUUGAUGAAUUUUGUGAUAUUAUAUUGGAAAAUUCUUGGAUUAUGUACUAUAGCUUAUUGUAUGCAAUAGUAGAUCUUGUUGCAUAAAGUUUGUGUCUUUUAGUUGGUUUUUGGGCAUCCAGUUGUUGGUGUUAGAUUUUUUUGUGAAUUCAUGAGCCGGGGGUCUGUCGGAAACAACCUCUCUACUUCAUCUGUGGUAGUGGUAUGGACCGCGUACACUUCCCUCCUCAGACCCCACUUUGUGGGAAUACACUGGGUUCUUUUGUCUUCCGGUGAAUAUACAUACGGGCUGUUCAGCCAUUAUCAUAGUUUCAAGCUCAUCAACUAGAAGGAUAGAUGCAAAAAGGCGGGGCAGCCAGUAUAAUGAAGUGGCCUCCAGUAGUCCAGUGACCAAUAAAGAGCAUUUACCAGCUAUUCCCGAGAGUGUUAGCUUGCCAGAAACUGCAUAGACGAUUGCUGCUUUCAAGCUCCUUUAAUACAUAUUCUUCUUAGUUUUGGGCUCAGAACAUGGGCCAAUAGAAAAGUAUAUAACUCAGUGUGUGUUUAUUUUCAAUUGAAUAUCAACGCACAUAAACACGUAAAGAAGGUGAUGACAAUGAUUGCCAGGAGAAGCAGGAACUCUGUAUGUCUCUUGCAUGACGUCCUCUUUUCCAGACAGUCACUUACCUGCUCAUACACCCAGAGGCAGACCUAUGUAGAUGUGUACAUGAAAUGGAAAAAAGACUCUUUUUUUGACUCCAUUGACACCAUUCACAGAUCAGUUCAACUCAAGCCGUUAAUUGCUGUUAAGAACUGCAUAGUCUCCUCUUCACCUGAUGAUUAUUGCAUCCCCAUUUCUGCUAUUUCAAAGAAAGGCUUAGAGUUGGGAGUACCCAUUAAGGUUGCCCAGUUCUUAAGGUUGUACCCAUCCGUUUUUGAGGAAUUUACUGGCCCAAACUACAAUUUGCCUUGGUUUAAGCUGACCCAGAGAGCUAUUGAGCUUGAUAGAGAGGAGAGAGAGGUGUAUGUAAAUUCUAAGGAUGAUAUCAUUUUGAGGCUGAAGAAGUUGAUAUUGAUGAGUGGCAGGGAACAGAUGCUUCCUAUAAAGGUAAUUAAGGGUCUACAAUGGUAUUUGGGUUUACCUGACGAACUCUUAAGGAUACCGGAAGACAAUCUUGAUGGGUGUUUCAGAGUUGUAGAACUGGAAGAUGGAUUAAAAGGGCUGGCUGUUAAUGUCGAUGGAAGUGAAAGGUUUUUAUCGGUGAUGCAGAGGAAUGCAAUGAAGAGGGGAGUGUAUACUGGUGUGGAGGGUGAGGCAAUAGAGUUCCCGCUGUAUCCAUCAAAGGGAUUGAGGCUUAAAAGAAAGAUUGCAGACUGGUUUGAUGAGUUUCAGAAGUUUCCAUAUGUUUCACCGUAUGAGGAUUAUUCAGGUUUGGAUCCCAACAGUGAUGUAGCGGAAAAACGAGUGGUGGGUGUGCUUCAUGAGUUGCUUAGUUUAUUUGUUGAGCAUGCUGCAGAAAGGAAGAAGCUUUUGUGUCUUAGGAAACCCUUGGGGUUGCCGCAAAAAGUUCACAAGGCAUUUGAGAGGCAUCCUUAUAUCUUUAAUUUGUCAUUAAUGAACAAGACUUGCACUGCAAUACUAAAAGAAGCUUACUGUGAUAGAGGAGCUAUCGAGGAACAUCCGUUAGCAAAAGUUAGAAAGAAGUACAUCAAUUUGAUGAAGGAGUCGGAGGGUAUACUGAAACGUAGAAGGUUAAACAACAGGCCAAUUGAUCGUGGUAAUUCGAAUAUAAAGGACUUGGAUUGUACGGAUGAUGAGGAAAUGAAAUCGUUAACUUGACUCUGCUCUUACAGCUUGUGCCACUAUUUAAACGAGAUUAUAAACGGAAAGGAAAAGAAAAGUGAAAGAAUUGUUCAAGCAGGAUCUGUCGGCAUUUGGAAUGAAGUGAAAAGACUGCUUAAUCUGUAUAGCUUCAGAGGUGGAUUUUUCGGUCGUUCAUUCUGCAGUUCAUUCAUCCAUUAAGGGAGAUUCCAGUAUGAAGGCGCUGGCCACAGUCAUACGAAGGAAUCGUUAUACUACUAUCAAUGGAACCUGAGAGUCUUGAUCAACGGUAUAUGAUUAGGUCAAGUGAUGUAUUAUUAGCUUGACUACUGUGCCGUCUCUCAUCUCUUCUCUAUGUGACAAGCAUGGCACUAGUAUGUCACAGUGUUGGAUACUUAUCUCUUUGUUUUUACUCGACAUAUAAUUGCCAUUCCAUGUGACCUCUUAACUUUUUUCUCAGUUUCAUGCUUUGUAUUGUUGCUUCUUCACGUGUACCUUCCCACCUAACUAUGUCAUUGCUUUUGCACGGUUUUCUCAAUUUUGAAAAUAUUGAAGUGGGAGCAUGCUCAUCGAGUCUGCUCUUUCAAGCACCCAACAUGAAACUAAAAAUGUCCUUGUUAAUGCCGUCAUGUUUAAGUCAGUCAGCCAAUGCUUUGUCUUGGUUCCGAGUUUACUGUGGGUUGUUCAUACUUGUGAUUAUCAUUACAGUCCCCUAUCGCGAACCUUCCUCGUGAUUUUUUGGUGUAGUUCAAAACAGAUAAGCCUCCAUUGCAGACUGCAGAAACUAUGAUGGAUUGGCAUUUCAGAUUCAGAAGAAGUUUUUCUGACCGGGAGAUAAAAGAGUUGAUACGAACGCUUCAGCAUCGUCAAAAGCAGCAGUACAGAGCUGACAUGAUAAAGAAACAGCUAUGGGACAAAGACAAAAGCAUCUUUUGGUCAUUGUGGCAGGAAAGAAACAUGUAGAGUUUUUAAAAAUAAGCAUAGAUCACUGCAUGCAAUGAAAUAUAGGGUCUUUUAAUUGUCUCCAUAGUGAGAUAGAUGUAUGAAAUAGAGGUUGUGUGCCUCAUGGUUGUUUUCGUGAUGAAGGAUGCUUUGGAGCAAUUGUAAAGUUGUCUCCGUGUGAUCUAUUUUGUGUCAGGGAUACACCCCCUGUGUAAACAUUCGAUGCUUUGGUGACUGCCUUUUUUUUGUAGUUGUUUUCUCAAUAUUUGUAUGUUCAUUCCAGAGAAUCUGAAGUUGAAGUUCAGCAAAACUAGUGUAUUAUUGGAUAAAACGUUCAAUCUUAUAUUGAUAUAGAGUGCUUUAUCAACAA